AUGGACCGAACCAGCAUCGGGGCCAAGAGCCUCUUCCCCAAGGGCCCCAGCUUCACCCUCGAGAACUUCUCCAACAAGGACUUUAUCGUACGCGACUUUGUCGACAGUCUGGCCGAGAGCGCCGUGCCAAUCAAUCGCAGGUCGGGCCCGGCGCAACCAGCCUUUGAUGCGAAGCCGCUCAUUCGCACCUUUGAGAAUGCGCUGAGCCAGUUGGCUAUGCUCGGGGACGAGCUACAAGAAAAGGAGUCGGAGCUCCUAUCCCAAGUGCGACGCGCAGAAGUUCAGCACGACCAGACACUUGAUACCCUAGGCAGAAAGCUCGACGAAUCCAUGAGCUCCUUUGAGGCCCUCGACGGGGCCGCCGCCCCCAGCAAGACGAACAACUACGAGACGCAGAACAAAGCCGACGGCGAAGGCAACGUGGCCGUGCAGAUUGGUGAAAAACUAGAGGACCUGGACCGCAAGCGACGGCGCGCGCAGGACGCCCAAUUUCUUAUCCAGUGCUGGAGCGAAGUCAGCGACGGCGGCCAGCUUGCGUCGCUUGAGGAAAUCCGCCGGCAGGGCGGUGCCGAGAAUAAGAUUCGCUGUGCUGUCAUUUCCCGCCAGCUGAUGCGCAUCUCCCAGCAGCUCGACCCUGCGUCGUGGGGCACCACCAACGGCCACCGCAACAGCUCUAUCGGGAAUGGCAACGCGAACGGCAAUAUCAACGGAACUGGAGGGAAGACGCACAAUACGCGAGAAAUUCUUGAAAAGUUUUGCGAGUCACUCGAGCAAGACCUCCUGCAACAGUUCAACAACAGCUACCGCAAGCAAAACUUUGACGACAUGAUGGAGUGCACAAGGGUGCUGUACGACUUCAAUGGCGGGGCGAGUGUCAUUGCGGCGUUUGUCAAUCAGCAUCAGUUCUUCAUUGAUCGUGACCAGCUGAUGAAUGACGAAGUGAUUGCUGAUAAAGACAUCUGGGAGCCCAUUGCGGACCCUGAUGCUACUCCCCCUGGCGUCGAAGCCAGCUUGCAAUCGCUCAUUGACGAAGUCAAAAUUGUCAUGCAAGAAGAAUCAUUCAUCAUCAAGCGAGCAUUUCCCUAUUACGAAACAGUCCUGACCAAGUUUAUCCAGCGUGUUUUCCAACAGUCGAUCCAGCAGCGCUUAGAACAGGUUCUAGACAAGGCUGAUACGGUAUCGUCGCUGGCUUUCCUGCGCUCACUUCAUUCUUCCCGCAGCUACAUUAGCUCUUUGAUUGAGGACCUUAAGACUCAUGGUCUUACUGAGCAUCCAGAGCCUUGCUCUGGUCAGAUUGCGCAAACUCUCGACCAGCAAGUGGACGAGCUGUUUGUCCCCUAUCUCGUCGGCAAUCUUUACAUUGAGAGAGAAAAGAAGAGCAUCGAGGAAAUGUACAGCUCGCUACUUUUCAAGUUUACAAUGUACCACUCACGCAAAAAGAAGGCACCGACUGGAUUCAUGGCCUCUCUCGCCCAACAGGGCACGCAGCUGAUGGCCUCAGCCAAAGACGCCUACCUGGAGCGUCUUGAUUCGUCGGACCUGACACCGACACAAAAAGCUACCAUGUUGCGCGUCGCUGGUAUUGCGGAAAAGGACAAUAAGAAUGAAAUCGAGCUCUCCGAAGACGACGGGACCCUGAGCGUGGCCAACGCCAAGCGCAUGCUCAAGUGGCUUGCCGAGAGUGUGCAGCGCACACUGGAGCUGGGCACCGCGGUCGAGACGCCCAAAGAAAUGAGCGUCUUUCUGCACCUGCUGCUCACCAACAUGGGGCACGUCUACGUCCAGACGGCACUGGAUGCCGCACACAUGCAGGCCACCAUGCUCGAGCACUCCAAAACAGAGCCCGACAUGGCGUAUCUGCCCGCGAUCCGCCCUGCCGUCACCAUAUCCGCCAUCAUGGACCGCUUCAUUAGCACGGUGCUCAUCCGCCUCGCCGAAUCCAACACGACGGUCCGCAAGAGCAUGGAGGCGCAGAAGAAGCAGGCCAUUGACGACAUUGAGAAGAAGACCAACGCCGUCGUCAAGAUCUCCAUCGACGUCAUUGUCAACUACGUCGCCAAGACGCUCAGCGGCCAGCGCAAGCAAGACUUCCGCCCCAAGGACGUCGAGCUCGAGUCCCUGCAGACGCCCACCUGCCUGACGACCUGCACCUUUCUCGGGCGCGCCGCCAAGCACGCGGCGGCCGCCCUCGACGGCCAGAACGCGGAAAAGUUCUUUAGCGCGCUCGCCGCGGAGCUGCACCGGCUGCUCUUUGACCACUUCAAAAAGUUCCAGGUCAACGCCACCGGCGGCCUCAUGGUGACGCAGGACAUUGCCAAGUACGUGGCCAUGAUGCGCGACUGGCCGCUCGCCAAGGACAUUGGCCUCGCCGUCGAGCUGCUCACCGAGAUUGGCUCCCUCUUCAUCGUCGGCGCCGAGGCGCUGCGCGAAAAGUCGCGCGGACUGGCGCCCGGACAGACGGCCGCGCGCGGAAAGCUCUCCAAGGCCGACUUUCAGGCGUUUGUGCAGCGCCGGGAUGACGCCUCGUCGGUCGGCAUCCAGAGCAUGCUGGCCGGGUUAUAA